AGAAGAAGCUGCAGAAGCUGUUCUACUUACUGCCGAUGGAGCUGCUCCGCUAGUCGGAGUUGAUGAUAAUGAUUGUGGUAAGCAGAGGACAGAGGCUACGUCUACAAGAACAAAAGCUCCGCAGUCGUCACUUUCUGCGGCUUCGUCAAUUGCAGUUGCUGCUCCUGCAUUGCCGCUCAUGGCGAAUUCUACAUUUUCAAGCGCAAUAAUUUGUAGUAGUAUUUGUAGGCAGAAUAUUCGUAGAACGACUACAACUACAUCAUUUACAAGUGGAUCAUCUUCUUCUCUCCUCGUGGCGGGCCCUGAUGCCAGCGCAGAGGCUUCCAUGAAUGGACUCCGAUUUUUGUCAAAGAAGGUGGUGCACAGUUGUGAGAAAAACGGCCUGAGCAACCAAAAAGCGCAUCAGGUGUACGCGACCCUGCGCAGAGCUCUCCCAGAGGGCGCCGCUACUCCGAACAUUCUCGAUUCUAUCAUGGAUUUUGCCUACAGGAGCGAGCAUGAAAAGGUCUUGGAGGAUCUGAAGUACAUGCUUGCAACCGUCAGGGAGGAUCACGCAGCCGCUCUCAUGCGCACUGCGCAAAAUCAACAGCACCCAAAUUAUAUCGCAGGUGCGGGACCCCGACCUCGAAUUUCGGCAGAUGCGGUCUCUAUUGUUCCUGAUGGAGGUACCAGAACUAGCUUUUCCUUGUUCGAUGUACCUCGUCCGCUUUUAUCCGGGGAGCCUGGGAAUGGUAUCAGCUUUCUUGGGCGGGGCAACGCCGUAGUAGAUCCACAUUACCAAAUCGCGGCUUUGGAACGAACCCAACCUUAUGGCUGCAUGAUAUAAAGAACCUUGUAGAAGAGGACAACAGACACUCAAAUUCCAACAUCAAAAUCGUAUUUGAGGCCGUCCAUUGCUCGUGAAUGAUGUAGAUGUUGGAACUGGAAGUCUCGAACUUGAACUUCCUUAAUAAUCUUUUCUUUCUCGUCUAAGUCAGGUGGCAGUUGUUUCCGGAAACGAAUUUACCAGGAUGGAAAUUGCAGCGAAUUCUUCGCAAUUGUUUCGAUUUCACCAAGGUGAAAAUGGAGAAGUCUUCUGCCACUGCGGGACUCUCUUCCCUACUUUUCUUGGAGCCCCCUGCAGAUGAUGCCCAUCAGCUCUGUGGUCUACCUGAAUCACGACGAUGGCCGUUCUUUUUGGAGUUAGUGGGGGUAUUAUUGGAUACAUUGCGAACGAGAGGCGGAGAGCGUGAGCGCAUGGACAGGGAGAAGGACGACACACAGAAAGGCGUCUACCUAUCGCCAAAAGAACGAGGAAUUUUGCAAAAAGUGCUCGAAGAAUUGCUGCAGAACACUUUUAUCUUGCCGGGUUCUCCAGCCACAAAUACAAAUUCUAGGUCCACCACUUCAUCUUCGAGCAAUCCUUCUCAUUUCAUUGGCUCCCUUACGCAAAGGCCGUCUCUUCAGAAUCAGCAUCAAACAAGCGAAGAGCUAUUCCAAUUUGUUCCACUUUCAGUAGUGUUCAAAACGCUGGGCAUGUUGGUGGCUUUCAUCCAAAGAGAGAACUAUCGCCAUACCCCCGCGUCAAGCAGCCCUAAGUCUCAUUCAGCAGGAUCGGCAACUUUUUCGUCGACGUUCUUAAGGCAAAAAGAAGUGUGUAGUGCUCCAUAUUUUUUCAUUGACUUUGAUUUACUUACUUCCGGAUGCGGAUUAGUAUUAAAAUUGACUAAUUGCUUGUGAUUGAUGAUUCGCGCGAGCAGAUUGUUGUACGAAGUCCGUGGUGGACCUAGUACCAACUUACUUUUGAUGAAGAACAAUCUUCAUCAAGUUCAAGUUUUACAAAAGUGAAUAACUCUAAGUAUCCUGUCAAGGCCAUCGCUUGAUCCUGCAGUCGGUGUCGCUGCUUCUGCUACACAGGCCCAUAACAAUAUUGUGGAGAGACUGGCGCUCAAUUUUCAUCAUCUGCAUAGACGCUUACUCACGACCGCAAGCGCAAUUAUAGCAAAUCUUCAUCUUGCAAAAACGGGAACUCGGCGUGGUCCGUCUUCGGCAGUGGCGAAGGCAAAGCGUUUGCAAGAGCGGAAGCUGGCGAAAGCAGGUCGCUCGCAAGCGGAGAGGCUGGCGAAAGCAGUACGAGAAAAUAUGUGCAGUCUGUGCGUAAGACGAAAAAGCGGAAAAAGGAUCGAGUGGCCCAAACCGAACAGGAGAAACGGUGAAAUUCUCGAUUUUGAUCUUUUCACAGGAACUCAAGAUCAUACCAAAAUCGUUCUCUUUCGGCCGGAUUGGUCAGCGCUGCAUGCGCUCGAUGAAAACAAAGAAACUACUCGUUCCAGCCAGGCUUUAUUCGUUUCGACUGAUGAAAAAGGAAGUCGUCCCAUGAAGAACGGGGCCAGCAAUAAUGCCGCACCAAGUAACUCUUCUGGCCGUGGAGAGAUGAGAGGUAUUAGCCCUAUUAUCUUGAUGAUGAAGAUGAUGAUGGUAGUCGGUUCGGGUUGGACCUACGGCCUUCCUAAGUCUCUUUUGAGGUUUGCGGAUUUCUCUGGUGUUGAAGCUGUGAGAGUGGUCCGCUGUUUCUACAGUAGCGCUGCUCGUUGUUGAGAGAAAGUCUCCGCUGCUCGCGCUUCCUUCUGUUAUGCUCUUCCAUCCUUCUCGGUUUAAGCAGUCCUUCUGUGUGGCAGAUCAUCUAGCCACUAGCUCACCUGAAGUCCUGCCUAUCUUCGUUUCUUGCGGUCGUCCUUGUCUACAUGAUCUAGUUGGUUUCUCUGCAUGCGUCGCCUUUGGCAUUCUUCUCACCCAUCGCUCUUCCGGAUAUGUUACGUCGUGCCCCCAGUAUCUCAGCCUCAUGGACUUCAGUCGUGCCGCUAGUCGUUUCUGGUUCAGUGUCGCCGGGGCCUCCUCUGUUGUUUUCUUGUCCUUCUUGCUGAUCCCUAAGCACAGUCGCGGCUUCUUGCUCCAGAAUGUGCCCAGCUCCUCCUCCUGCUUCUGCGUUGGCGUCGAUGUUUCCGUCUCGGCCCCCCAAGCGACUACGGGGCACACGAACGGGCUUAGUGCUUUCUUUGGCCUUCAGCUUUGGCCUGAUCUUGUUGCUGCGUAGUAUGUUGCUGUGCUCUACUUCUGCUUUCCUUUGCGCCUUCUUUAUCCUUUCCUCGAUGUGUCACAAGAAAAAUCACACUUACGAGAAAGCCUAGUAGUAGCGCAAGAGACGGGGCAGCCUUUUCUCUUCUGUACUCCUCUGCAGCGUCGUCCUCGGAACAGUCAUCACGCAGAGCCCCAACCAAAAAUAUUUCGGGUACAACAGAUCUAAAUCCACGAGGACAGGCAAGUAUAUCAACACACGGCGGCAUCGUUCUUAACGGUUUCCACGAGGCUGCCGACGCCGAUGCGGAGCAGUCUGCAAAAACGUCAGCAACCUCACAACAAGGAAGCACAUCGCUUGCUACGGGCAGCGCCAGUACGAGACAUACUGCUGGAAAUCAUGUUGUUGACGAAGAGCAAGCAGAAGAUCUUCAUCAUCACUAUGCCGGUGGAUAUCAUUAUUUGCCAUCUGAUGCAGAUAAAGCUUCGUCGAAUGUCUGUCGAAAUCGAGAAGAGAACGACCAGACAGACCUGGACUCGUCCUACCUACUAUGUGUUGGUCUAAGCGAAUCAACCACUCGCCGCAUGCUGCGGUUGGCCACAGUACAGGAUGAUGAAACUCUUAAGGCUAUUCUAGUUUUUGUAGAAGAAAAAUGCAGAUUCAUUCAUUGUUGUUGUUCAUCUUGAUGUUGGAGUCCUCCUCCUCCAGUUCAGUAAGUAACAGUUCACAUUUUUAGACUUCAACAAAGAUGAUCGAACAAGUGGUCUUCAAGAAAAGCUACUUAUGUACCCACCUAACACCACGAACUUCAAGUUCAAAUGUGAUCCUCUUGAUGCCUUGAACUUGAUAGACACCUCUAAUGUUUCAAGUCGCUUUUUGCAUAUGAAACGGAGCUUCCAACGCCACGUGCAGAGGGCCAGAGUAUUCCUGCGCAUUGCGGUGCGCGGAGGUUACGAAAUCAGCAAAGACUAUGCUUCCUAUCACAAUUUGGAGCUUGCUGCUGCCGCUGCUGCUGCUGACGCUACUUCCAAGAAAUAGUAGAAAAGCCGUAGUUUGUACUCGACGUAACGUACACAAUUAUAGAUUGGUGCAUGAAGAUGAAUGGGUUCAUCAGUUUAAAAUCGGCGGGUUCGUAGGCAAUUAGUGCACAUUGAUAUAAGGAGGUAACCGGACUCCACCUGCCGCCGGUUUGCGAACUGGUAAAAACUGGGAUCACCCUUCCGGCGGUCUCGGCAUACAAAAAAAAAAAAUGAAGAAGACGAUGGAAUACAUGAAAGAUUAUAUUUAUAUAAAUACAUAACAAGGAAGAGAGCGUUGACGUAUUGAAGUCGUAGACACUGCCUGCAUACUUCGGACGAUAGAACUAGAAGUUGGUUCAGGGAAAAACAACGACGACUUGUCGUUGACGCUAUGCUGUUUUUCUACUAGUACUAGUUGCUACGAGUGCGUCAGCGUCUAAUCAUUUUAGUGAAUGACCCGAUAAUGAAAUCGUGAACAACUCUAUGAUCAAGUCCGUGCACAGCACGUCUAUUGUGUAAAUAUGUAACUACAUCAUGUUGUUGUAGUUAGUUCUUUCUUUUCCGUCCGGCACUUAAUACUACUUAUUGUGUAAUUGAAAUGCAUUCAUGAUACAGAAUCACCAUCACACGCAUGUACGACCACACACACUGAGGCUGCUCUUUCUUGUUUUUACUAUUUUUAUUGUUUUAUUAUACUAUUCAUCUUACUUUCAUAGUUCUCCUUCUUUUUUACGCGUCUUGAGUAAUUUUGUACCUUGUUCUAAUAUCUAAGUUGUCAAUAUAAAUUACUCUGCCUUAGAGAUACCCUAUGGAUGCUGCUCUUGAUGAAGUGUUGCGUUCUGCUGGUCGAAGAUCCGUGUCUAGCUUGAAGAAGGAAGUCCGGUAAAUGACGUGAAAUAACCCAGUACUUGACUUUUUAGUAAUAAGCUUGUGUAGUUGUACUGUACCUUCGUUUAUUGUUCUGUUUUUACUCGGUUAGUCUAGCUCUAGUGCUCCGAACAAAGUUAAUACUCUCUCAGAACCGGAUGGGAUAUUUUUCCGAUUUGCCUCACAUGCAGGAUAGCCCCAUAUCGUUUUACGGAUUUGUGAGUAAUACAUUAACUCCCCCUAAGAGACCAAGCAGUCACGCGUGGCAAGGUCGGACGAUCGCAGGUAUGGGGGUAGGCAAGUACGAUCAGCAACCAAGAAGAGUUGGGACGUGAUUUUCUCCUCUUCGUAGUAGCUCUAAAGGUGCUUAAAAAAUACCGCGAUACAACAAGAAUGCCUAACUUCUUCCUGCAAGCAGCGCCCCGAUGCCGCCACGACUUGUUGUUAUAUAUUGUGAGUGUCUACGUUGUGGUACUUGUGGAAAAUUAAUGAAAAAGUGUAUACAUGAAAAUGCAUGAACAACACAGACUUGAUGCAUACAAUUACGUAGAUCCAUUUUUCUGCUCCUCGGGAGCUAGAAAUAUCUAACUAUCAAAGCUAUAGCUAAGUCAUGUAUCAAAGGUCAUGUUGGCUUGAUAUGUUUUAGUUUUUGUUUAUUUUCAUAUCAAUGGCCCCAUUGCGGAACCAAAGCAGAAUUUCACUUUUACAUACCUAGCCGAGAUUAUCGUGACAUCAAGAACAUGAUGAUGGACAAAAAAAUACUACAAGAAAAUUUUGGACGCC